AUGGCAAGAGAAAGCACCCCUCGUGGCGGGUAUAAAAGUGGCAGUCCGCCAGCGGAAGGCAUCAGUUUCAUUACAACCGGAAAAGGAGGCGCUAAGCGUCAUCGCAAGGUUUUGCGUGAUAACAUCCAGGGUAUCACCAAGCCCGCCAUCCGUCGUUUGGCUCGUCGUGGUGGAGUCAAGCGUAUCUCUGGUCUUAUCUACGAGGAAACCCGUGGAGUGCUGAAGGUAUUCCUGGAAAAUGUCAUUCGUGAUGCUGUUACCUACACUGAACACGCCAAGCGUAAAACCGUAACCGCCAUGGAUGUUGUCUACGCUCUGAAGCGUCAGGGACGUACUCUGUACGGUUUCGGAGGUUAAAUCGUAUCCAUAUUUCCGCUCUCAAAACGG